AUGUCUUCGAGUGUUAGCGGCGGCGUAGCGACGCUGUUGCAUACUGCAUGUGGCGCUGGUAUAUUGGCAAUGCCCUAUGGGUUUAAAACGCUUGGAUUAACGUUUGGUAUAUUAGCACUUGGAUUCUGUUCCCUAUGUGCAAUGACAGGGCUGUUACUGCAGGCUCAGGUGGCUCGUUACGUUCCAGAAAGAACUGCAUCGUUCUUCUCAUUGACUCAAUUGAUUCAUCCUAAACUAAGCGUCGUAUUCGAUCUAGCAAUCGCCAUUAAAUGCUUUGGGGUUGGUGUUUCCUAUAUGAUAGUCGUGGGUGAUCUGAUCCCACAGAUAUUUACGACGUUCACAUCUAAUAAAAUACUACUUGAAAGGAAUUUCCACAUCACCAUGGUGAUGCUUUUCCUAGUAUCACCCUUGUGCUUUAUGAAGAGGUUAACCUCGCUGCGUAAGGCUUCACUGGUGGCACUUUCCUCCGUUGCUUAUCUCUGCUGCCUAGUAGUUGUCCAUUUCAUUUGGCCAUCAAAUGAAAUUGAUCAACGAAAGGGUAAAGUUUCCAUUGGUUUCCCACGCAAUGAACCAACACCAUUAACCACAUUGCCCAUAUUCGUGUUUGCCUACACUUGUCACCAUAACGCAUUCUCAGUUUACAACGAGCAAAAGGAUACGUCCACGAGACAAUUGAAUAAAAUUGGUCGUUAUGGUAUGAGCAUUGCAUUUGUUCUCUAUACCAUAAUCGGAGGUGCUGGUUAUUUAACCUUUGGUGAUCACAUUGCAGGCAAUAUCAUUACUCUAUACCCACCAUCACUAUCAACUACAAUUGGCAGAGUCGCUAUAGUAUUGUUGGUAAUGCUAGCGUUCCCCCUACAGUGCCAUCCAGCUAGAAGUUCCAUCAACAACAUCUUAUAUUCAUUUCAAUCUGUCGAAAAAAAUCUACAGGGACAAACUGAGAAUUCAAAUUUAAUAUCUGAAGAGGAAUCUGUAGAAUCCCAGGCUCACGGCCCACCAGUUCCACCAUUACAAGGUAAAAGAUUUACUGUUAUUACUUUGGUGAUCCUCAUCGCCUCCUAUUUAUUGGCUAUCUCAGUCACAUCUUUAGCACGUCUUUUGGCCAUUGUUGGCUCUACGGGUUCUACAUCCAUUUCCUUCAUCUUACCGGGCAUCUUUGGUUAUUGGCUAAUCGGUUCAGAGUACACUCCAGAAGAACUACCUCGCAACCUGAAGUUCGCCAAAUUCGCAGGUCUGUUACUGGCAAUAUGGGGGUUCAUCGUAAUGAUAGCGUCCCUAGCGGCUUCCAUCCUAUAUGGAGCAUCUCAUUAA